GCCUUUCCUACCUGCCUCGAUCACCCGGGCACUGCGCCUAACUUAUUCAUUAUAUCUGCGACAUGACCCAACAAGCCCCAGUGCUAUACUCAUUCACAUCGCCGACCGAGCUCAUCGACGCUCUGUCGGCGUUCAUCAUCAAGGCCCAGAAAGAGGCCAUCGAGAAGAAGGGCAGGUUCGCCGUCGCGAUCUCGGGCGGAUCGCUCCCCAAGCAGCUCAACGGUCUCAUCGGCAAGCCAGGCGUCAAAUGGGAUAAAUGGCAAGUCUACUAUGCCGACGAACGUGUCGUCCCGCUCGACCACGAAGACUCGAACCACCGGCUCUGCACGGACGAGCUCUUCUCCAAGGUGCCUAUCCCAUCGGAGAACAUCCACACGAUCGACUACUCCCUCGCCGACGACCUCGAGGAGCUCUCGGACGCGUACGAGAAGGAGCUCAUCCACGAGUUCGCGAUGAAGGACGCCGCGCGCUUCCCCGUCUUCGACCUCAUCCUCCUCGGCUUCGGCCCGGACGGGCACACCGCCUCGCUCUUCCCCGGCCACCCGCUCCUGUCCGAGGAGGACCGCUGGGUGGCGUACAUCGAGGACUCGCCCAAGCCGCCCCCGAAGCGGAUCACGCUCACGUACCCCGUCAUCAACCACGCCGCGCGCGUCGCGUUCGUCGCCGCCGGUGCCGGCAAAGCCGACACGCUGCACACGCUCCUCGACGAGCCCGAGAAGGGACUGCCCGCGUCGCGCGUGCGGCUGAUGCAGCCCGGGCAGGUGUACUGGUUCGUGGACGACGCGGCGGCGGCGAAGGUGGCGUACCCGAGAACGUCCUUUCAGGAGUGAAACCGAUACCACUGCCCGAUCGAUGCUAUAGACAGGGGACGUAGAAUUGAAUCUCUUGUAUGAUGCCCGAAAAGUCGCAGCCAAUGUAUUCUUGUUAUGGCCAUCUCUUCGUUUACGUACGCGAUACGCUUAUGAUUACUUAACAAUCGUAUCUGGGUUCCCGAGACAGGCGACGACUUACGAUGCGGAGCGUGAUUGUCAGGGCACAGGCACUCCUAACUCAGGAAAGAUCGCCAACAACACAGUAUCCAAAAUGAAGACGAUCAGGUGCACAUUGCAUUCUCGCGAAGAGACCGGGUCAAUCGCCGCGGCGACGGUCUCACGGCGGAUCGCCGGUGUCGGUCCAAGGAGGCAUGGUGCUAAUGGGCCAGGGACCUUCUCCAAGAGCCUGUCAAUGAGGUUCUCACGAAUGGUGACCUGCUCUUCAGGGCUAGGAUCCGGAGGUGGAGGCGCUGGCCAUCCAUCCGGAAACAGGGUACGCUUGCCGAUCACGACGGCCUUGGUCACAGUGUCUGCAGAUAACACGUAGGUCCCGAGAAUGUACGAGAGCAAGUUGUCGAGAAAGGUCAUUAAUGCUACGACGACCGCGGUGAGUACUCCGAAGAUGGUUGACGAAGUCAAACGGUUGUCUGCGCUCAUCACAGUCCUAGCAAGCAAUAACAAUGUGAAUGCGUAGCGUGGGGCGAGCAGCUGCAGUGGCUGGGCAGGUGGAACCGUGUCCGAUGGAGUGCGGGACAUGAGCGAACUAGCCGAAAGGCUUCGUGUCAGGCUCGGGGUGGGUUCAGGCGAGAUCGCCGGUGGUGAGGGAACUCGGGCAGCUAUUGGUUGUGAAUCUUGGUGGUGAAGGUUGACCACCUUGACGAGGAGAAGUAGUCGCUUAUAGCCGUCGAUAGCGGCCAGACAGAAACCCGAAAGGGUUUGGAUAGCCGAUAGAAACAGCACAAUCAAGGACUGGAAGGAAAACUUUCGCUCCAGAAGCGUAGGCGUGCUCUUUGCCUCCCCUGUACUGUGGGUUUGAACCGGACCUCCGAGGAGGUCCAAUAUCGUCUUCUGUAUGAACCAUGGUUGCGUGAUCUUCGGUAUUACACUGUCCAACAGAACCUUCAGAACAAUCUCUCGGACGAUGUAACGCUCCGGUUCUGAAUUGUAAUCUUCCGGGGGUAGACAGCUUUCCAAUAUGUGGUCCACGGCUUGCCGGACGUACUCCGAAUGUAUCUGUCCAUCUGAGGACACGGCCAUAUGAGGCUGCAUUUGAUGGAACAGCUGCGGCAGAGACGCUGCCUUGCCAGACGCAUAGGACGUGUCCACCUUCGACGCAGCAUUACGGUAGUCCUUGUAAUGCUGAUCUACUAGCGUCGGUAUAUCGCACAGGAUGAGGGGCGCGAGAUCGGUGGCCUGCAGACGCGUCUCCAGCGCGCGCAACACCUGCGUCAGGAUGCGGUUAAUCUCGACGAGAAAGUCCUUGUCGUAGCGCGUGAUCUUGGUCCACCAGGGAUUGACGAACGCUCUGAGCGCGAGCGCGACGAAGUCGUACAGUUCCGCAUGUAAUUCCGGGGGCAAUCCAGGGGUGGCGAGCAACGGCGGGAGGUCGGCGCCGUGCGGAAGUGCGGGGAACAGAAGCCGCUUCGCCAAAGAUAGCGGCUGAGCGGGUUUCUUCGCCCCCAAGUCGGUCGACCUGCUCGACAUCACUGAUCGCGCCGCCGCCAUGGCCGACGACGUCGGCGGUGUUGCUGGACGGGCCGGGCAACGUUCGCUGCGUCACUUCGAUUUCCCUUGACGGGGCCGUCGACCCAUGUCCACGUGACGGCUCGCCCGGGGGAUGGUUUCAGGACGAACUGUUGCCCGUCCAAGGUCUUAUUUGUGGAUUAUCUUUGGCCGUCGAAACGGCCGCUGCAGCGCUUGCCGUCGUCCCUCGCGGGCUCAGACAACCCAGACGCGCUCGCCGACGACCCGUGUCAAUGCAGUGAUCUCGGUCAGGCCGCAGUACACCGACUUCGACGACCGCCAGCCUUUCUUUUCCGCCCGUUCGUUUCAACCCGCCAUGCGCCCUAUGCGCCAGCAGAUCCAGGACUCUUCUCACCGGCCCAUCGCCCGACACUACUAUGCUCGGCCGUACAGGCACCAUCAUGCCCGCGCAGACUCUUCCGGCGGAUCGAACACGACGACAAUAGUCGCAGUGGUGUGCGGUCUCAUCGGCGGCGUCAUCGUCAUCUUUUUCCUCUUCCAACUCUCCAAGAAAAUCUUCCGAAAGAGGGCAGCCCCUCUCCCUCCCGUACAACCGCUCGCGCAUCAGCGUGGACGCACCGUCUCGGAGUUCCACGACACCAUCGACGCAAGGAAAACGCGCGGCAACACCUGGUACGACGAUGCGUAUCUCCACCCCAUGCGCACCCCGAGUGGGAGCUCCGCGUCCCUGAUCGCCGCCAAGGAGCGCGACAGCAGCCUUCCGUCGAAUAUAGACACCGCCUCCAGCCUUUUCCUUCGCGACGGCACAGGGCGAGAGACCCCCACGUUCGAAGGGGGCGACUCACCCCACGCGGAUGAAGAUCACCUCCCCGUCCCUCAUCGCCCUUUCGUCGACCACCGAGCAUCGAGCGCUAGCUCGAGCAAUCUCAGUUCGGAUGGUCGGUCAGGCAGUCUGGAGGAGCUACGACGAGACUCGAUGGACCCUGUGUCUCCUUCCACACCUCCAUCGGCAUCCAACAGCGGACUGGUUGCUGAAAGCAGCACGCAGCCGCUGGUGAGACCACGCGGUCGACCCAGGGACGAUUUCCCCCGACCUCAAUCUAUGGCCUCCUCUCUCGCCUCCACCAGCAACAUCCACGGCCGCCAAGGCGCUCCUCACAGCGCCCAUAGCCGCAUGCAAAUUGUCUUGCCCGCUCCCCUCGCUCCUGAACUAUAUCCCUUCGGCUCGGAAACAGCGAGCGAUGAUGGUUCCGCGAAUAGACGAUUUACCAUGGUCGGCGAUGACGACGAUCCAAUGCGACACGUUCGACACAGGACUAUCUCCGACGCAUGGGCAUCGCCGUCGAGCCGCUCGACUUCUCGUCCCAACGUUCCCGACGGCGCCCCAGAGGAGCACAGGAGAUCGCGCAGCUCGGUGUCGCGACCGCCGCCCCGCCGGCAGUCCAGCAGCGACUCUUCGCGACAUCAGCCGCGUCGUGAGAGCACCUCACGCAUGCGUCCGCCUGUACCAGCCCUCCCCAGCGGAUCGGGCUCUCAGGCCUCGCAUUCCCCCCUGGCCCAGUCCCCUCUGGCUGUUUCCGAUGUUGACCCCAUGAACGCGCCAGCUACGGGGGAGGACGACAAUGUCCGCGGGCGCGGCCAGCCGAUCGUGCGGCUACAUAAACAGGCCUCCGGGACGCAGUCCAAGUCGAAGGAACGUGCACGCAGCCAGUCCCGCGGGCGGGUGCUCAGGAAAGCGAGCACCGCCGUCACGACCGAAUCCGAAUCGUAACCUCUCCUCUCUUGGAUUAUGUUUUCUUGGCAUCCAAUGGGACCUCUCUGUUCAUGACCGCGCAACGUACAAUCUGACUCUAUCACCAGCAUCCAUUUUACAUAGACUCCUGGCGCAUUUGACUUAUUCGUUUCCUAGCAUCUACACUAAACC